AAAACUGUUACUACUCUUCAUAGCUGGUUCUGAUCCCACACUCCGGUACAGUAGGUGGCGUCCUGCGCCUUGGUGUUGGUAUGGAGCCGGCUAAUGCAACUGAAGAAGGCGAGAUGAUCAGAGCCAGACCGUAUUAUGACAUAUCCAUGAGACACAGCCUGCAGACGGAGACACACACUCACACUGCCGCCGUCCAUCAGUCAUCCUUCGCCGCGGGGAUCGGAUCGUGCUGCCGCCUCUGGACCCCCUCGGUGACUUGGUGAAGUUAGACCCUGAGGGCGAGUGCUGCCUCUCUCUGGCACUUCAUCCCGUCUGUUGACAGUUCUUGUCAUGGCGUCGUCCUUGAUCGGCCGUCCCUUUGCUCUCUCCCUGCAGAAACACUUGUGGCUCAGUGGUCCAGGUAAACGACAUGUCAGUAAGGCGGCACCACAGACCCAGGUGAGUUUAUUCAACGGACCCUCCAUGAAGACUGCAGUUCUGGACCCGAUCACAAAGGAGCUGACAAAACAGCUGGGAGAGAUCCAGAACGUUGGUGCUGUCAACUUCUUCUGUAACUACGAGGAGAGCCGGGGGAACUACCUGGUGGAUGUGGACGGCAACCGCAUGCUGGACAUCUACACUCAGAUCUCCUCCAUCCCUAUUGGAUACAACCACCCGGCGCUGCUCAAACUCAUGUCCAAUCCCAACCAUCUGAGUACUCUGGUAAACCGACCAGCCCUGGGGAUCCUGCCGCCGGAGAACUUCCCCGACAAUCUCACUGAAAGCCUUCUCUCGAUGUCUCCCAGUGGAAUGACCCGGGUUCAGACCAUGGCCUGCGGAUCCUGCUCCAAUGAGAACGCUUUCAAGGCCAUGUUUAUCUGGUACAGGAACAAGGAGCGGGGCCACAAAACACCGUCUGAGGAAGACCUCAGCUCCUGCAUGGUCAACCAGACCCCAGGUUGUCCAGACCUCAGUAUCUUAUCUUUCAUGGGAGCUUUCCAUGGAAGAACCAUGGGUUGCUUGGCAGCAACACACUCCAAAGCGAUCCACAAGCUGGAUGUGCCGUCUUUUGAUUGGCCCAUCGCUCCGUUUCCUCGACUGCAGUACCCGCUGGAGGAGUUCAGCAGAGAGAAUGCACAGGAAGAGGCCCGCUGUCUGGAGGAGGUGGAAGAUCUGAUCGUUAAAUGGAGGCAGAAGGGGAGGCCGGUGGCUGGGAUUGUAAUUGAACCAAUCCAGGCUGAAGGUGGAGAUAACCACGCCUCCCCAGACUUCUUCAAAAGCCUCCGCAACAUUGCACGCAAGCAUGGAUGUGCUUUUCACGUGGAUGAAGUCCAGACUGGUGGGGGGAGCACAGGGAAGAUGUGGGCCCAUGAGCACUGGGGCACGGAUGAUCCGGCUGACAUUGUCUCCUUCAGCAAGAAGCUUCUGACUGGUGGCUACUACCACAGGGACGAGUUCCAGGCGGAUAAGCCGUACCGUAUCUUUAACACGUGGAUGGGGGACCCGUCGAAGAACUUGAUCCUGGCUGAGGUUCUUAAUGUGAUCCGCAGAGAGAACCUUCUGGAGGAAGUGACCCGCUCUGGGAGAGCCUUGCUAAACGGCCUGUAUGACCUGCAGGCUCAAUACCCCGGCAUGUUGAGCCGAGCUCGAGGACAGGGGACCUUCUGUGCCAUUGAUGUCUGUGAUGACGCAACACGCGACAGCAUCCUGCUCAAGGCCAGAGACAAAGGUGUCCUCCUGGGAGGGUGCGGGGACCGAUCCAUCCGUUUCCGUCCAGCGCUGGUUUUCAAGGAGUACCACGUUCACAUCUUUCUCAACAUUUUCAAUGACGUGUUGGCCCAGCACAAGUAAAUCCUGACUGACACGGCACUGUCUGAGUUCAUCCAGAAGGGAGGAAAACUCCAGACAGUCCGUGUCAUGAUAAGCACAAGCCACACAAUAACUGACACAGAUAUAUAACAAUAUAUAGCCUCUGUUUCAUAUCCAAUAUGCCAAUCUUCUCCUUAGCCAGGAAUGAUAAUGAUGUUCUCUUCCUUGCGGUGCCAUAAAGAUGUAUCCAGAAAAGCAUUCAGAACAGGUGCCUGUGGGUACCGUUGCUUCUGUAAAAAUAAAUCUAUGGAAAUGGCCACAACUUCCAGAAUCUUUCUCAUCUGGAUUCAGGUUCUUAAAUGUAGACUGACUAGACUCUGGAUGAAGACAUGCAUGAUUGAACGUCAUGUCAACAAUUCAGGAACCUUCUGUCUCCCAAUCUUUUGAAGGUCCCAACUCCUAAUAAACCUCAUCUAAUGGCUCCCAACGGCUUGCGUACAGCUUCUUUUAAUGCUCAUAUGCUGGCGUUAUUGCCCGACUCCCGGUCACUGAAGCGACUCUAAGUAGCCUGUAUGUUUGUUUUAUGAAGACCGAUCCAGAAUUGUGUCAGUGAUGACUCUGUGUAGGAUGCCACUCUGCAUGUCAGUUAGAAACGUCCUUGUUAUGAUUAUGCGUGUUCUUAAUAGGAAUGACUUUUCGACUUAAAAUGUUGUAGCCCAGAAAAAAAUGUGAAUCUUGUAUGGACCAUGAAAAUGUUUGUUUAAUGAUUGUUUAGUGCCUGCAUGUCACUUGGCAACCUUAACUGAACUAAUUGAACUUCAUAUGUUACCACAUUUAUUGCUGAAGCACACAUUUACUUUUUUGUUUUCGUGUUGCUUGGUUAUGAUUUUACAUUUUACACUUCUCAUUUGGGUCAGGAAAUUAAGCAUACAGUAUAGUGCAACUGAUCCUUUUCAGUUUGCAUCAAGCUGUUCUUGAGGUGAUGAUUCUGACAAACAUUAUGGCCCUCCCCCUUGUUUAGCAGCUAGCUUACAAGCAGUCAGUCUAAAUGUAGUCUACAGAACAAUGUUAAUGCUUUUAA